AUGUCUGGAUCAUCAAGAUCCGUAAUACGGGCUUUAGAUACUUUGUUUAUCAACUGGUCUGACGAUGACGACGACCACAAUAAGAAUACCCUUGCAGAAUUGGAUUCCGUUAUAUCGCAAUAUAUCCAAAAGCAUAACAAUUUAGCUACCAUUCAACUGUCUACCAAUAUUAAUGACGAAUUAUAUAAUGUAUAUGAUAAGUAUAUCAAGCCAUCAAAAGAUAUUUCCCGAGAAUGUGCAUUUCUUGAUGUUUUAAAACAAGUACUGUGUGUGUUUAACUCAAAAGAAUUGAAUUUAUGGUUACAGACUUAUCUCAAACCAGCAUUGGAUAGUGCUGGAUAUUAUACUGAAUUUGUGGAUAAGGCAAGAGAAUUUAUCACAAGAGUGUCAAUAAAUCCUUUGUCCACUGAUGAUGAAAAGUUAAAGGAAGAAAGAGAGCUCAUAGGACGUAAGGUUAUGAACCAAAUAAUGGAGAUUUACUUGACAGAAGAAGCACGAUUUGAACAUUUUAACAUAGAAGCAAGUGAUUCACAAGCAUACUACGAAAGACUACGAUUUAUCAAGUUUAACUGUCUCAAUUUCUUACAAGAAUAUGGUUUAAAACACAUAUUGAAUUAUUGUUCACUACUUGAUAAUCAUUUUCGAGAACUUCGUACCCGAAAUGACUCAUUGAUCUUGAUUCUGACUUUGGUUGCAACACAAAAAUCUCAAGUAUCGCACGUAAUAGAUUCAGAUUUAUUUAUUGAUCUUCUAAAGUGUAUUUUGUAUGACUUUAACGAUGCAUUGGUGUUUUCGGCUUACACAGUUUUAGUUAUGUUAAUCCCACAAGUUAGUAAUAAACUCGGGAGAUACCUACCUGAUUUGUUGGCAAUUUAUAUGAGACUACUUCAGUGGAAUGACUUGGAUAAAUCAAUUCCGAAUAGAAGGGAAAUAUUCAAUGAGUUUAUGGAUAAAGACGUGUUACAAUGGGACGUUGACUAUACCGAGAAGUAUCCCUUAGCCACACAGGUUAUUUUUGAUUGGCAAUAUCUUGGUACACUAUUAUAUGGCUUAUUUGUUUUUAAUUUCAUUGAGUUUGCAUCAUCACCUUUAAAAUUUUUGAAACAUAAUCGACCAAAUCUAAUAUCCGUUAUAUUUUUGCAAGGUUUAGAAGAAAAAUCCGGUGGUGCAAUCAAAUUGGAGAAUAACAUCAUAGAAAGAAGCCAAGAGUUUUUAAGAUCUUUGUUACUUCACCCAAAGAUGAUUAAACCAGAAAGACUUACAGAUGGUGAGUUGGAUAACCCAAUUGCUUGGAUACUAGAACAAGGCAAUGAUUCGAUUUCACCAGAGGAUGUUGCAAUUGCGUGUUUGAGUUUGAAUACCCAUAUAAUCAUUAGUGAUGCAUUUAGAAAACAAUUAUCCGAUUUUCUGCUUUCUAAGUUUGAUUACAAUUCACGAAAUGAGUCGCAAAACAAACUUUCUCGAAACUCAUCUUUGGCAGGUCCAAUGUAUUUCAGUAUCAAGGAUGGUCCAACAAGCAAAAUCUUACAACAAACUUUGCAAAAUCGAAAGAUGUCUAUAAUUCCAACCAAUCUAGUAAUAGAUGGAAAUGGUACUAGCAGCCAUAACAAUGUUGCUCCCAAUCAUGAUUCCAAUAAUAUUGAAGGUGAAAUCAAGUUUAAGGAAGUUAAAUUUAGUGAUGAUAAUAAUUCAGAUGCCGAUAUAUCACGAAAUGGGGGCCUGUAUGACAAUUUCAUGAGCCAUGCUCCCUCCUCACUUGCUUUGUAUCAUGAACAACCAAGACAAAUUGACCCAAUUCCUGAACUUUUAUCAACACAUGAAAAGUUACAUGUUAGAGAAGGAAGCAUUGGUGGCCCUGAUUCUUCCGAUAAUGAUGAUAGGAGAUCUGUUAGUAAUGUUUUCAAUGAAAAGGGAAAAUAUGAAUUGCGAUUGUCACGACCAAUGUCGUCUCCAACCACCACCGUCGAGACAUCGAGUGUUUUCAAAUCACCAGCUGGUGCCAGUAGUAUGAGUACGGACGAUGUGAUAACUACCAACCCAAUUCAAAUAUCAAAGAAUAGCGUUAAUGGAACAGCUGUUGAUUUUUAUCAACGUGAGUUAUUGUUGUAUAAGAAUGAAUUGGAGUUUUCUAGCUAUAUGAAACACUUGAACAAGUUCCAUUACUUGAAACUGCGCCAGAAAGAAAUUCCCGGGGAAAGAGAGAACGCCUUUACUGGAUCAGAAGAAUACAAGAGAUUAUUAGAAGAGGCAAGACUUGAAAUGUCAAAAAUAUCAGAUGAGUAUAACAGAGAAAGAGAGAUUUUACUAACAAGAUUGAAUGAGCUCACAGUUGAAAAAGAAGAAUUAACCCAGAAGUUGGAAAAUCUUAGAAUCAAAACUUCAUCUGAUAGUCAAAAGUAUCUUCAAUUGGUGUCUGAGACUGUACCAGCAAAGGAUUUUGAAAUUGAAACGUUAAAACUGAAUUUGGUUGCAUUGGAAAAAGAAUUGAAGGAAUUGCAAAAGCCCGUCGAAGAAAUUGAACGAAAUGGACGUUCAGCUGAAACUGAAAGUAUUGAUCAUGACAGUACUGCAGUUUAUGAAUUAAAAACGAAACUUCAAUUAGCCAAUGACCGUUAUGAACAAACAGCACAAGCAUUGAAAUUAUCACAUGAAGAAUAUGAAAAGAUGGUCAAACGAUAUGAAGAUAAGUUGGCUACAUCUAAAUUGAAUCUCCAUGAUAAUUUGAAUUCAUUUACAAGAGAACAUGAAAAAACUAUCCAGGAAUUAUCAACUACGAUAUUGAAAUUUGAGAAUUUACUCGAGGAACGAAACACCAAGAUCUUACAAUUGUCAUCAUCAAAACCAAUCUCAAUUCCUAUGCCCACAAGAGCAAGUACAAGUAGUAGUAGUAAACUGGGAAGAAAUGAUUCAUAUGAUCAUAUUUCAAAUACAUCUUCUACUCCCCCAGGAACUUCACACAUGGCUAUUCCAGUACCAGCCCCAGCCCCAGCCCCAGCUCCGGUUCCAAUCCCAAUUCCAGUACAACAUCAACAUAUCAACCACAACUUCCCAACGACACCCUCACAACUCCAUCAACAUCAUCAUAAUCAACAACAACAAAAUGCUCAAUUUCUUUCAAACCCUGUUGUACAUUAUCCACCUCAUGUUAGUCGUAACAAUUCCAUGCCGGUUGUGAACACGUCUCAACAACAAGCUCAAGCAGUGCCAAUCAUUAGAGGAAGAGGAGGUUAUCAAAAGAGGUCCAAGAAAUUAAUGUAA